AUGGCUCCCAACUUACCACCUUUCGCAAACACUCCCAUUGACGAUAUUCCCAAGAUUGUGGAGGAAGUGCGCUCGACCUUCUUUACCCAGAAGACGAAACCUAUCGAAUUUAGGCUGAGGCAGCUGCGAAAGCUCUACUGGGGGAUUGUUGAUCAUGAAGCCGAAAUCAUCGAAGCCUGCAAAAAAGACCUGGGAAAGAGCGUCUACGAGACUCAACUCUCAGAGAUUAAAUGGGUCGAAAACGAUAUCAUCUUCGUCAAUAAGAAUCUAGAGAAGUGGGCAAAGGUUGAGAAGCCCGAAGACAUCCCCUUAACGAACUACUUUAUGCGCCCAAGAAUACGGAAAGAUCCGUUGGGCUGUGUUCUGAUCAUCGGAACCUUCAAUUUCCCUAUCAAUCUCACUUUCGGUCCGCUGGUUGGCGCCAUCGCAGGCGGUAAUACUGCGAUCGUGAAACCUUCGGAACAAGCUCCGGCAAGUGCGGCGGUCAUGCAAAAGAUUCUUGCUGUCUCAGUUGAUCCAUCCUGCUAUAGAGUGAUCAACGGUGGUAUUCCAGAGACUCAAGCUUUGCUCGCCGAAAAAUGGGACAAGAUCUUUUUCACAGGAUCAGCCAAUGUGGGCAAGAUAAUAGCCAAAGCUGCUGCGCCGACCUUGACACCGGUCACUCUAGAGCUUGGAGGUCGAAAUCCAGCAAUCGUAACCAAGAAGGCAGAUAUCCAUCUUGCGGCACGACGACUACUGUGGGGCAAGAUCUUCAAUGCUGGUCAAGUGUGCAUCAGUCAAAACUACAUCCUCGUUGAUAAGGACGUAGUUCCCACGUUGGUGGCAGAGCUGAAAUCGGCGAUGGCUGACUUCUUCCCGAAUGGAGCCAAGGAAUCACCAGAUUAUGGACGUAUUGCCAGCAAUCAGCAAUUUUCUCGCAUCAAGAAGAUGCUUGACAACACGUCCGGCAAGAUUGUGAUAGGAGGCACCAUGGAUGCAGAGCAAAGGUUCAUUGAGCCAACAGUGAUUGAGGUCUCUGAUCCAUCGGAUUCACUUCUUACUGAAGAAUCAUUUGGCCCCCUAAUACCGAUCAUGCCAGUUGAGAAUCUAGACGAGGCAAUCAGAAUUGCAAACUCUGUGCACGCCACCCCUCUUGGUUUGUAUCCAUUUGGGUCGAAGGACGAGGUUGAGAAAAUCCUAACAGAGGUACGGUCAGGCGGUGCAAGCGUCAACGAUGCCUGGACCCAUGGUGUCAUACCGACACUAGCGUUUGGUGGCGUGGGCGACAGUGGCUCGGGAUCUUAUCGCGGAAGAGCGUCUUUUGAUUGCUUUGUUCAUAGGAGGUCAGUGACCACAACGCCGCGAUGGAUGGAGAAGUUGCUCGCGGUGAGAUAUCCACCAUACGAGGGAAAGUACGAGCAGUAUGCGAAAAUGAGCGUAUCAAAACCCAAUUUUGAUAGAGAGGGCAACAUAAAGUUCGGGUUCAUCAGGUAUAUCCUUACCCUGGGGAGUGGUAGCGCAAAACGGGGUAUCUUAAGAGCUGCUGCACUAGCUGUGCUUGCUGUGGCUCUUCAGAUUGCGCUGGGCAGAACGGCCAGAGCAUGA